GAGCCGCCGGAGAGAAAGCACCGCCACUCCGUGACCAGAGUGGAAAUGUCCCCAAGUUUUGGAAUUUAAAACCAUGGCAAGGAUAUCCAGGUUAAGGAUCACUUGAAUCUGGCUCCCACCUCGUGCCUCUGUGGAUGAUAUUCCUGAUGACGUCUCACAACACUGAAAACAGGACAGCCGAUCAAUAGGAGUUUUGUUUCCCCAUCCCUUCAUCCUUCUCUGUCCCUCUAACCGUCCUCCUUAUUCAUUUGACAGUUGAGCAGAAAAUAAAUAAAAUCCUGAAUUGGGUGACUGGCACCAGAGCUUCUUCUCCUCCUCCUCCUCUCUUUCUCCUUCCCCAUCCCCCUAAGCCUUGCCUCUAAACUGCCCAGAUAUGUAUCCCCUCGCUCGGUCAGUGGCUUCCCCCGGCCUGGGAAACCUGUUUCUCCUCCUGGGGCUUUUGCUUGUCAUGAGCUCAUCCCUCGCUGGAGGCCAACCCCCGCCUUUCAAACGAUUCGUCCCUGCUGAGUGGGGGCUUACACAUCUGGCCAUCCACAACAAAACAGGGGAAGUCUAUGUGGGCGCUGUCAACUGGAUUUUCAAACUGUCUAGCAACCUGACUAAACUGCGGAGCCAUAUGACUGGUCCGGUGGUGGACAAUGAGAAGUGCUAUCCCCCACCCAGUGUUCAGUCCUGCCCUCAUGAUCUAGCCCAGACCCCCAAUGUGAACAAGCUUCUCCUUAUAGACUAUGCCCAGAAUCGUCUCAUUGCUUGUGGCAGCACGUCACAGGGAAUCUGCCAGUUUCUACGUCUUGAUGACCUUUUUAAAUUGGGUGAGCCCCACCAUCGCAAGGAGCACUACCUGUCCAGCGUAGCAGAGUCCGGUACCAUGUCCGGAGUGAUCAUAAGCUCCCCUCACAGUCCUACCAGCAAGUUAUUUAUUGGAACCCCAAUUGAUGGCAAGUCUGAAUACUUUCCUACCCUGUCCAGCCGCAAGUUGAUGGAGAAUGAAGAGAACGCAGACAUGUUCAGUUUUGUAUAUCAGGACGAGUUUGUCUCCUCUCAACUUAAGAUCCCCUCAGACACUCUUUCAAAGUUUCCCGCUUUUGACAUUUACUACGUAUACAGCUUCAGCAGCGAGCAGUUUGUCUAUUAUUUGACCAUGCAACUGGACACCCAACUCACUUCACCAGAUGCCAGUGGGGAGCAGUUCUUCACCUCUAAAAUUGUCCGGCUCUGUGUGGAUGACCCCAAGUUUUACUCGUACGUUGAGUUCCCCAUUGGCUGCACUAAAGAUGGGGUAGAGUACCGCCUGGUGCAGGAUGCAUACUUGGCUCGACCAGGCCGGCAACUGGCCAAUUCUCUGGGGAUCUCUGAGAAUGAAGACAUCCUAUUCACAAUCUUCUCUCAGGGUCAGAAGAAUCGGGCCAAACCACCCAAAGAGUCAGCAUUGUGCCUGUUCACCCUGAAGAAGAUCAAGGAGAAGAUCAAAGAAAGGAUUCAGUCCUGCUACAAGGGAGAUGGAAAGCUUUCUUUACCCUGGCUUCUCAACAAGGAGCUCGCCUGCAUCAACUCGCCUCUGCAGAUAGAUGAUAACUUCUGUGGGCAGGACUUCAACCAGCCUCUUGGGGGAACCAGCACCAUCGAGGGCACGCCGCUCUUCAUCGAUAAAGACGAUGGCAUGACCUCGGUGGCGGCAUACGACUACCGCGGCAACACAGUGGCUUUUGUUGGCACACGCAAUGGAAAACUGAAGAAGAUCCUGGUGAAUUCUGUGAGCUCCAACCGUCCAGCGGUGCUCUAUGAAAAGGUGACCGUUAGUGAAGGAGGGAGUCCGUUGUUGAGAGAUAUGCUGUUCAGCCCUGACCAGCAGCACAUCUACACCCUGACUGACAGACAGGUGGUGAGAGUUCCAGUGGAGAGCUGUGAGCAGUACACCACUUGUGGGGAGUGUUUGGGCUCCAGAGACCCUCACUGUGGAUGGUGUGUCCUCCACAAUGUUUGUUCUCGUAAGGACCGCUGUGACCGAGCAGGAGAGCCCCAGAGGUUUGCAUCUGACCAAAGGCAGUGUGUGGAGCUCACUGUUCAGCCGAGGAACAUCUCUGUCACCAUGUCUGAAGUCCAGCUGGUCCUUCAGGCUCGUAACGUACCCGAUCUGUCAGCGGGAGUCAACUGCUCCUUUGAGGACUAUGUCGAGACUGAGGGGCGAAUCCAGGGUGGACACAUAUUCUGCCUGUCUCCAUCUGUCCGGGACGUCAUCCCAAUCACAAGGAACAAAGGUGACAAGCGGGUGGUGAAGCUUUAUCUAAAAUCCAAGGAGACGGGCAAAAAGUUUGCCAGCGUUGACUUUGUUUUCUACAACUGCAGCGUCCACCAGUCCUGCCUUUCCUGUGUAAACGGUUCAUUUCCAUGCCACUGGUGCAAGUAUCGCCACAUGUGCACCCAGAACGCCAACGACUGCUCUUUCCAGGAGGGACGUGUCAACAUUUCUGAGGACUGCCCCCAGAUCCUACCCUCAACCCAGAUCUACAUACCUGUCGGGGUCACCAAGCCUAUCACGUUAGCGGCCAAGAACCUGCCUCAGCCUCAGUCAGGGCAAAGAAACUAUGAGUGUGUCUUCCAUAUCCAGGGGGAGACCCACAGUGUUCCCGCCUUGCGUUUCAACAGCACCUCCAUCCAAUGUCAGAAAACACCGUAUUCUUAUGAGGGCAAUGACAUCAGUGACCUGCCAGUGGACUUGUCUGUGGUUUGGAAUGGAAACUUUGUAAUUGACAAUCCCUACAACAUCAAAGCUCAUCUGUAUAAGUGCUAUGCACUGAGGGACAGCUGUGGAAUGUGUCUGAAGGCGAACCCCAGGUUUGAAUGUGGCUGGUGUGUACAGGAGAAGAAAUGCUCCCUCAGACAGGAGUGUACACCUCCAGAGAGCACUUGGAUGCAUGCCACCACUGGAAACAGCCGCUGUGCACACCCAAAGAUCACCAAGUUGUAUCCUGAGACGGGCCCCAGACAAGGAGGAACCAUGCUGACCAUCAUGGGUGAGAACCUGGGCCUGCAGUUCAAAGACAUCCAGAACGGAGUCCGCAUCGGCAAGGUGGCCUGCAACCCGCAGGAGGACCAAUACAUCAGCGCUGAGCAGAUUGUGUGUCGACUGAAUGAUGCAACAGGUUACAGGGUGCAGGAGGCUCAGGUGGAGGUGUGUGUGAGGGACUGCAUUCACCCCGAUUACAAAGCAGUCUCAACCAAGGCCUUCACCUUUGUGUCACCGUACUUUACUCGUGUCCAUCCUUCCACCGGGCCACUGUCUGGAGGAACCAGGAUCACCAUUGAAGGCAGUCAUCUCAAUGCAGGAAGCGCCGUAGCUGUGAAGAUAGGACUCCAUUCCUGCCACUUCGAAAGGCGAAGCAACAAAGAGAUAGUGUGUGUGACCCCAGCGGGCCAGGCACCAGGGACUACCCCCGUCAUGGUGGACAUAAACUCUGCUGAGCUGAGGAACCCAGAGGUCAAGUUCAACUACACGGACGACCCCACCAUCCUGAAGAUUGAACCCGACUGGAGUAUUGCCAGUGGAGGAACCAUGUUGACCAUUACUGGAACCAAUCUGGCAACCAUCAAGGAGCCCAAGAUGAGAGCCAAGUAUGGAGCUGCCAAGUCAGAAAAUAACUGCACGGUUGUCAACAACACUGUGAUGGUGUGUCUGGCGCCCUCUGUGGCUGGAUCUGACAAAGGCUUCUCAGAGACGGGCACUAGUCCUGAUGAGAUCGGCUUUGUCAUGGAUGACGUGCGCUCCGUGCUGGUGGUAAACGAGAGCUUCAACUACCACCCGGACCCCGUGUUCGAACCUCUGAGCCCAACAGGCAUGCUGGAACUGAAGCCCAGCUCACCACUCAUACUCAAGGGGCGUAACCUAAUUCCUGCUGCGCCAGGAAACGCUAAACUGAACUACACGGUGCUGAUCGGGGACACGCCCUGUGUCCUCACCCUGUCGGAGAGCCAGCUGCUGUGCGAAUGGCCUAACCUGACCGGAGAGCACAAAGUCACUGUGCGUGUUGGAGGUUUUGAAUACUCACCAGGGACUCUGCAGAUCUACUCCGACAGUCUACUCACCCUACCUGCCAUCAUUGGUAUCGGAGGAGGUGGCGGCCUGCUUCUCUUAGUUAUCAUUGUGGUGCUAAUUGCUUAUAAGAGAAAGUCUCGAGACGCCGAUCGCACCCUCAAACGUCUGCAGCUGCAGAUGGAUAACCUGGAGUCCAGAGUGGCCCUCGAGUGCAAAGAAGCCUUUGCAGAGCUUCAGACGGAUAUUCAUGAACUCACACAGGAGCUGGAUGGAGCUGGAAUACCCUUCCUGGACUACCGUACCUACGCCAUGAGGGUCCUCUUCCCUGGGAUUGAGGACCACCCAGUGCUCAAGGAGAUGGAGGUCCCGGCCAAUGUGGAGAAGGCCCUGACCUUGUUUGGCCAGCUGUUGACCAAAAAGCACUUCCUGUUGACCUUCAUUCGCACUCUGGAAGCUCAACGGUCCUUCUCCAUGCGUGACAGAGGCAACGUAGCCUCUCUCAUCAUGACAGCGCUGCAGGGGGAAAUGGAGUAUGCCACAGGCGUCCUCAAACAGCUCCUGUCUGACCUUAUCGACAAAAACCUGGAGAGCAAGAAUCACCCGAAGCUCUUACUCAGGAGGACGGAGUCGGUCGCUGAGAAGAUGCUCACCAACUGGUUCACCUUCCUGCUUUACAAGUUCCUCAAGGAGUGUGCUGGGGAGCCUCUGUUCAUGCUGUACUGUGCCAUGAAGCAGCAAAUGGAGAAGGGCCCGAUAGACGCAAUCACCGGAGAGGCCCGCUACUCCCUCAGCGAGGACAAACUAAUCAGACAGCAGAUUGAUUACAAGACUUUGACACUGCACUGUGUGAACCCAGAGAAUGAAAACGCUCCAGAGGUGACGGUGAAAAGCCUAAACUGUGACACAGUGACGCAGGUGAAGGAAAAGCUGCUGGACGCUGUAUAUAAGGGCACACCUUACUCCCAGAGACCAAAGGCCUCAGAUAUGGACCUGGAAUGGCGACAGGGCAGGAUGGCUCGUAUCAUCCUCCAGGACGAAGACGUCACAACGAAGAUAGACAACGACUGGAAGAGACUCAACACUCUGGCUCACUACCAGGUGACAGAUGGCUCAGUGAUUGCCCUGGUGCCUAAACAGAACUCAGCCUACAACAUCUCCAACUCCUCCACAUUCACCAAGUCCCUCAGCAGAUACGGUACGAGAGAAGAGAGCAUGUUGAGAACAGCCAGCAGUCCGGACAGCUUGCGCUCCCGAACACCCAUGAUCACCCCCGACCUCGAGAGCGGCACCAAACUGUGGCAUCUGGUCAAGAACCACGACCACUCAGACCAGAGGGAGGGCGACAGAGGGAGCAAGAUGGUCUCUGAGAUCUACCUGACCAGACUCCUGGCCACCAAGGGUACGCUCCAGAAAUUCGUGGACGACCUGUUUGAGACCAUCUUCAGCACAGCGCAUCGAGGCAGCGCCCUACCACUCGCCAUCAAAUACAUGUUUGACUUUUUGGAUGAGCAGGCGGACAAACACUCCAUAUCAGAUUCUGAUGUACGGCACACUUGGAAGAGCAACUGUCUUCCACUGCGGUUCUGGGUGAAUGUGAUCAAGAACCCCCAGUUUGUGUUUGACAUCCAUAAGAACAGCAUUACAGACGCCUGCUUGUCUGUGGUGGCCCAGACCUUCAUGGACUCCUGUUCGACAUCAGAGCAUAAAUUAGGGAAGGACUCUCCUUCGAACAAGCUGCUCUACGCUAAAGACAUCCCCAACUACAAGAACUGGGUAGAGAGGUACUACUCUGACAUCUCGAGGAUGCCAGCCAUCAGUGACCAGGACAUGAGUGCCUACCUGGCCGAGCAGUCUCGCCUGCACGCCAACCAGUUUAACAGCAUGUCAGCCCUACACGAGAUCUACUCCUACAUCAUUAAGUACAAGGAUGAGAUCUUGUCGGCUUUAGAGCGGGAUGAGCAGGCGAGGAGACAGAGACUGAGGAGCAAGCUGGAGCAGGUCAUCGACACAAUGGCCCUGACGAGCUGAGGACCAUCCAGCGCCUCCAUCUCCUCCUUCUCUUCACUCCUCCUCUCCAUCUGUCUCUCUCCCUCGCUCUUCUCACCCAGACAACAAACAAAACUCCAACCCCCGACAAUACGACGGACAAAACUGCAAAGGACUGGGGCAGUACACUGCAAACUGGGGGGGGUUCGGCAGAGCUGGGCGGGCCUGUGUAUGCUUACAUGUGUACGUAUGUGUGUGUCUGUCUGCGGCCCAUAUAGUGUGAGGACACGUGUCGGCGUGAUAGACUGAGACACGUGACUUUUCCACACACGCAUACAUGGAGAACAUGUGGACUUGAUAGCAUUUGAUUAUCAUGGAUGUUGGUGUUUGUGGUUUGCUUGAUUUUGAUUUCUGGAGUUUUGUCGUGAUGAAGCGAUGGUCAGGACAGAAACAGUGGAAGCCUGGAAAGGAACUCCAUAUAUGGCGUCAUUAGCAGGAUGGAAUGUUUCAGAAGACGGACCAAUCUGUGAUGAGCCAACGGAGAGAGGCUCUCCGGGUCAUGUGACUCCGAUGGGUGUCACGGUUUUAAAGGAUGUUAGAUUUUUUCGUUUUUGUAUAAAUGUAAUCAACUGCCCACUCUCUGAUCUCUCGCCACUUGUAUUACUGCUGAAUUUGCACAAUUUACAGAAACGUUACAAAGGAAGACUAUAUAGAUAUUAUAUAUAAAUACAGCUACAUUUUUAAAGAAAGAUUAGGGAGAAAACAUUUUUGUUGUUUUUCCUUUUCAUUUUAACCAACAGACAGAAUAAAACAACAAUAAAACAUGAUUUGAUAUUUCAAGUACAAAAAAAAAACAGCGUAGAAAAAAAAACAACAAAAAAGAAACUAAAAAGUCGUACUGUGCCAUGUUUUCUUUGAAUGUUGUUUAGUGCAAAGACAUUUUGUUAGAUGGAAUGUGCUACCGUAUGAUUUUAAAUAUGAACAUGCCUAGUGACUGAAAAGAAUUGUUUGAGUAAUGACCCAUCAUAAGAUCCUUGAUGAAAAAUGGCGGGAAGCGAGUCGCCACACAUCCCCCUUCUCGAGUUGGGGCAGGUCAUGGCGUCACGACGUUAACAUGAAGUUGCUGUUAUUACUAGUUAAAUCAGUGCAAUCUUUUGGUUUCAGAAAGCCAAAUAUAUACUCACAGGAUUGUUGCUUUAUCAUGGCCACGUUAGUAUCUGGCAUCACGCCGCGUUCUUUUCUUCAAGGGUCAGGAUGUGACAGCUCAGUGGAUCAUGGUAUAGUGACUGAACAAUGAAGUAGCUACAUUGCACUACCUGAAAUAUCCUCAUUCGCCCCCUUACUGUACCACGUAGCCACCAUAUCUUAAUGUUAGGAUCCCAUGGGUCCUGGGUUUGUGUUAUCCAUCUCUUGAAGGGUCAUUAAUUUUUUGACACAGUCCUGUAUGUGCAAAGCCAAAGCCUUGGACUUUGUUUAUGCCGUUACAGGAGCCACAGUGGGGUCAGGUGAAGCUUAAUCCAAGCGCUCGGUGGUGAAACAAAGCGGGAAAGAGCUGUUUCCAGCCUAAAGCCACACUUUUUCCAUUUUCUCAAUGUUAAUACCCAAAACGAGGGGCAAGGAAAAGAUAUACAGAGUGUUGCUCUCCUCCUCUAACCCAUCUAUUCCAGACAGAGGCUUUAGCUGUUUAUCCACAAGGAGGGGUACAGGAAGAUACAGAGGGGAGACACCUCCGAUCAUUAGCUACACAAGGCUGAGUAAUCCUCCCCUUAGCCUACAGCCCUUCUUUCAAAACUAGCCUAUUGCCAUGUGUGGCUUAAGCUUUUUUAUUACUGCUCUCCUAAGAGGAUUUCUUUGUUUCUCUUUUUUUGAAGUCUUGAAGUCAUGAUUUUUGACUUUGUGGUGAGAAAUAAUGUUUUUAGAUUAUUUUUUUCUGCUUGCCGAAAACCAAACUGUGGUCCGUGUAAUGUUUUUGUUGAUGUUUUCAUUUGUAAAUUGUAUACUUUUUCAUGAUGAACAAAAGCUGUUUGCCAUUUUUUGUAAUUAGGUUUUUCUUUGUUUUUUUUUUUUUUUUUUGUCUUUUAUUUUCAACAUGUAAAUUGUACAUUUACGGUACACAGAAGGCAAAAUUCUCUUCGGUUUGCCUGAAGUUGAAGUACUUGACCGAACUCAAGGUUUAUUUUACCUGAUCUCAAGGAUCAAAAUGAAAUUGUUGCAUCAGAUGAGCAUCUGUGUCUUUGUGAUGGAAAUGUGACUUGCUGCUUUAACUCUUGUACCUUGUUUUUCUAUCAGAUAUUAGGGCUGUCAUGUUAUGCUGAUCAUAAAUGCUGUUGCUAUCCAUUUUUAUGCCAGGUUCCUUAAAAAAAAAAAAAAAAACAUUCUCUCACAUCCAACAAAAGUGAGCACAACUUCCAAAAUUAAUGUCAAUGCACCAUUGUGUUUACAUGUUUGAGACGUGACGUUGCUUUCUACAGCUGCAUACAUAUGAGCCGAUUUCAACUGGAUACCUGUCGGGAAUAGUUCGUUCACUCCGUACCUGCCAAAAAACGGAUCGAGGGACCAUUUUGCCCAUGUUAGGAAGAUCACCUUUUUAGCUAGCCACGCAUUCGUUUUU